AUGUCUGCUGUUGAAGAUUUUUUGCAGAAUCCCAUGGAGGAUCUGUUAAACACCUUCACUAAGGAGCAGUUAUUUAAAGUGGCUGACCAUUUUGAAGUGAAAGUCCCUAGUAAGGCCCUUAAAGAUUGUAUCUUGAGUACAAUUAAAGAACAUUUGGUGCAGUUGGGGGUGUUGCCUGCGGCUGUUGAAGGCAGUGAUGCUGUAAGUGCACCAACUCCUGUUUUACCUGCAGUUUUUCCUCAGGUUAGUCCCCCAGAGCAGCCUUUGAAACUUGUGCGGCCUGUGGCUGGGGUGGGUGUGUCUUUGACUUUUGAUCAGCAAAAAGAGUUGUUGACCCUGCAGCAUAAGUUGGAAAUGGAGCGUAAUAAGGCACAGGAGAGGGACCAGGCUCUGCAUGCUGUUGAACUGGAAAAACUGAGAUACACUGCCAGUUUUACGUGA